AUGCUGAGCGCCUCGGCGAACCCCAGUCAGAAACAACAGGCCCAGACGACCUCAACGUCAUCGCAGCAGCCGCAACCACCAAGCGGGCGACCCAGCCUCGACCGAGGAGAUGGCCUACAACCCCCUGCUCCCAACGCGGGAGGUCGCAACCUUUCUGCAUCGGCAGUGAGCUUUGUUUCUCGUGGUCCUUCGUUGAACCCGUCCCCCGCUGCUCCCGGCAGCUUCAGCUCCGAUCUUCGAAGCCUAAAUGUUUCCCGAGCAGGCGUUCGUCCUCCAGACAUGUUCCCUCCAGAUAAGUUUGGAGACGACGACAGCCUGACCGCCCAUGAGCGGACGAUCGCAUACCUGCGCGAGGCCUUGAGCCGUGAGCUCAAAAUCAAAGAGGGUAGUGAGAAUAUGUUGGAGGCUUUAAACAGUAAGAAGGCAAAGCAGACGAAAGAACAGCGGCAGAGGGUCGAAGCCGAGCUCGCAUCCUCCAACCAGCGGAUCAAGGAGUUGCGCCAGCGCCUUACCGAGGCUCAACGGUCAAGAGCUGCUCCAACCACACCGACUAGAUCUAGGACAGAUGGUGGGCUGUUUCCAGGAUCUGGAGGGUUUCGGUCUCCUCCCAGCGCUUCUCGCAGCGGUGCUGGGUCUGAUGCUGACGAACCUUUUGAGUCGCCCACGUACGCGCUUACCGAACUUCUUCAAGCACUCGAAGUUGGUGGAAUGACUUCGGACUACUAUGUUUCGCGCGCAAACAGUUUGGUCGACCUGUUCAAGCGCCAUCCAGCACUCAAAUACGACCUGGUCUGGCCCAUCUUUGGUCGCCGCAUGCAGUCCUUACUGCUUAGUGAAAGCCGCGAAGUGGUCGCCGCGGCUUAUCGAAUGAUGCGAUAUGCUAUCACAGACAUCAACUCACUCCGAGUUAUGCGAUCUUUGAACACGGAUUAUUUGGUCACAUGGUCUCUGAUCAAGGACCGGAAAGCCGAUGUCGAGAGAGAGCAAGCGCUCAAGUUUGUGCGCGCAUUUCUCGAUGUCAAGGAUGGCGUUCGCGAAAUCUCCAGAGCGGUCGUCAGGGCCAUUGCAGCCGUUGCCGAAGAGCCGGACGAGAGGCUAAGACCUAUCUGCCUAGAGACCCUGGCUGAGAUAUUGGUUCACGACCCGCAGCUAGUGAUUGCAUCAGGAGGAUUAGCGCCGUUGAAAGACGCGCUCGCCGAUGGCUCUUACAAGGCUUUGGAGAGCUUGACCGCGGCCUUCCUGUACCUCCUGGACUCUCCCCAUCGGCGCAAGUUCCUGCGCCCAGGGAAUGAACUCGAGGUGCUCUUCACCGCCUUCACCGACGAGUUAGUGUCCAAUGAGCGCUUCUUGAAGCAGAGCGCCAAAUGUAUCGCGUCAGCGCUCAAGACUUGGCCGGGUCUGAUGACCCUGUCGAUGUACAACUUCCGUGCCAUCAAGUCCAUGAUCUCCAGCAUGGUUGCCCAGACCGGCCCUAUCCGCGAAACCAUCCUAGACCUGAUCUUUUCACUCCUCCGCAUCAAGCCCCCCGCCUGGGCAAAUUCAUUCCUGGCUGGUCGUCGACUGACGACUUAUGGCCGGGUCGCAAACCUUAGAGCCACGACAGUCACCAAACCUUCUUCCAAUGCUAACGACCUUGAUGAUGAGGAGGGAGGUGAUGAACAAAACUUCGUUGAGCACUAUACCGCUCUCUUGCUCGCUGUUUUCAUCAAGUGUGGACUGGUCCCUGCGUUGCUCAAACUGACACAAGACAAUGACAACCAGCCCCUGAGACGUAAAUCAACCCUGCUGAUAGGCGAGGUGUUGAGAUUGGCCAGCCGUCUACUCCCUCCAUCGUGGAACAGCGAAUUGCAUCUACUUCCGGAACUGUUUAUCGCCGCAGCAAAGCUUAGGGACGAGGCGCACUUCAUCGCUACAGGAGUCAUCUACCAGAUUAGCAGCGUCAACAAGACUCUCUACAGAACAACACCGUUGUCAUCUCUUCCGUCAAGCCAUCAUGCAUUGGACAUCGGCUCCCUGGACGAUCAUCCUAAGAGUAACGUUGCCGUCAACACCGAUGAGGGUACUUUCCGCCAGCUCAUCAUUGAGUCGAACGUGCUCAACAGUUCCAAUUACAAUAAGUGGAACUGGGAGGUUAUCCAAAGGAUCAUCGAAGGCCCAUUGACCAACGGCAAGCGCCUCGAAGAAGCCAUCAAGGCGUCCAAGUUUAUGAAACGGAUCAUGAGCUUUUACAGACCUUUCAAGUAUAAGUUCUCUGAGGUCAAGAGCUCACGAAACUCGCAAAAAUACGUCCGGGCCGGAUGCUCGUUGAUGCAUGCUCUCCUGCAGAGUAAUGAGGGAGUCAAGUACCUGUCCGACAACAAGCUGUUACGCCAGAUCGCCGAGUGUAUUGCACAGUGUGAUCCCACGAGCGGACUUACGGCACAGGACCCCAUGUUCUCCAAAGAUCGUCUCGCCGACACGCUGUGUGGCGGCUACUUCCCCAUGUUGGGAGUCCUUAGUGGAGAUGUCAAGGGAAUGCAGAUGCUGGACAGAUGGCGCAUCUUCAACAUGCUUUACCGGAUCCUGGAUCUUAAGCAGCGUCCGGACCUCAUCAAGCUAAUGCUGUCCAAUUUUGACUAUUCACUUCAGGGUCAUCCGCGCGUGCUCCUGUCCAAGGCCCUCACAGCUGGGACGAAGGAGAUUAGGAUUUACGCGACUAACGUUCUGCGUAAAUAUGCGACUCGUCCUGCGGUGAGUAUCCCGGGCCAGGAACCCAACGACUCCAAAUGGGCGAUUCAGCUUCUUGUGACGCAGCUCUACGAUCCCGAGAUCGAAGUGUGUGCGACGGCCGUCAAGAUACUCGAGAAGGCCUGCAAUACCAAGAAUAACCUCGAAUACAUUGUCGAGUGCCGGCCAGCGCUAGACCAUCUGGGCGAGAUAGGAGCUCCCCUGCUGCUGCGCUUCCUCUCGACGUCAAUAGGCUACCACUACCUUGAUGGUCUGGACUACAUUAGCAAUGAGAUGGACGAUUGGUUCUUGGGCCGAAACGACACGUAUGUCAGCGUUGUCGAGGCGAGUCUGGCGCGUGCUUUCCUCGAGCCGCCGCAGCAGGAAGAUCAUGCCAACCGCCUCAGCGUGUUUGAAGAUGACCAGGAAAUGGAGGUAGACGCUCACGUGCCGCCACAUUUCUACCGAGAGCUGACUCGAACGGAAGAGGGCUGCAAGCUCCUGAGCGAGAAGGGUCACUUUGACGAGUUUGCUGCGACGAUCCGCGAGUAUGGCAUGCAGUCGGAGGAUCCGGAGCUGAUCGUCAAGGUUAAAGGCUGUCUUUGGGCGGUGGGCAAUGUCGGAUCGAUGGAGCUCGGCGCUCCCUUCCUGGAGUCAUGCGAUGUAGUCGAGCAGAUCAUCAAGAUUGCCCAGAGCCAUCCUGUUAUGAGUCUCCGCGGCACUGCGUUUUUCGUUCUAGGUCUCAUCUCUCGCUCUAUCCAUGGCCUCGAGAUCCUCGCCGAGAAUGGCUGGGACUCGAACACCAACAUUCUCGGCCACUCGCUCGGCCUAUGCAUCCCCACCGACCUGUCACAGUUUUUCUCCCUCGAACCCUGGCAACACAUCCCCGUCACUGCUAUCGACCUGCCCGACAGUCAGAAGACCGAAAAAGGCGACCUGUGGAUCUCGCCGCCGCCUCUGCCAGGGCAUUCACGUCCCUCAAUCUCGUCCCGAUCCCGCUCACAGUCACUUUUGCAGUCUGUGCAGGAAGAGGACCCCAACAUGGACAACGAGACGAUCACCUCAGACGGUUUCCCCCCGCACGCCGUCUUCGACCCGGACCCGACCAAUCAGCGCAUCCUGGAGCUCAUUGUCGAUAUGUCUAACCUGGUGUUGUACCGCCGGGCGCGCGCUGAGUUGCUGCAGAUCAAGGCGCAGCAGUCAUCGCAGAGCAAGAAGGGUAUGAGGAGCUGUGUUGGAGGGGCUGGGGGCAACGCGCCGAACAGCUUCUCGCAGCCGGGCUUGUUCCGGAAGGUGCUCAUGCUCCUGGAGUGCCGGUAUUAUAGGCUGGCGGAUCGAAAUAUGAUUGUUGGGUUGUUUGAUAAGAGCGUGUUGAGGACGGUUGUGUAUGAGGAGGAUCGGACGGGGGCUGGAGGUGCCGGUCGUGGGAGCAUGCUGAGCUCUAAUGAAGAGGAGAGUGAGAUGGAUGAGGUUUCGAGGAAUGGCGGGGACCAAGAGGCUGGUGCUACAAGGCCGAAAGCUCCAGUCGAUGCACCUGGGGGAGCAAAAAAUGAAGGCAAUGAAGCAGGAAGUGAUGAUGAUGAUGAACAAAGCAAUGUCAAUGAUAAUGACCAAGACAGGGAGACACGGGAACAAAAAGAGGAUGAGCAGAACGGAGAGCAAAACGAGCAUGAAGACGAUGAAGACGAAGAUGGGCAAGGGGUAGAUGGCUCGGGUGACAAUGAGCAACGGGCCGAACGACAGAGGAGUGUUAGUGACCCUUCAGCUGCGUUCAAGCGGCGUGCAGCCCAUGGCUGCUAUGCCAUGACGGCCACUACUGCACUCACAGCACAAAAUACAAAAGGCGUUUAUGCCAUUUACCAAGUCCCCCCUGAGUUUCUCAGAAAACAGAUUGAUGCUGUUAUUGAGGAUGUUGGUGUUGAUGUUGUCAAGACGGGUAUGCUUGCCUCUGCUGCGUCCAUCGAGACCAUUACGCAGGCAAUAGAAUACCACAAGGUCUCAACUAUUGUUGUCGAUCCUGUCAUGAUCGCAACAACAGGAGCCUGCCUGCUCCCAAUAGAAGCACUCAACGCCCUACGUACCAGGCUUCUUCCCCACGCCACAAUCGUCACCCCUAAUGUCCCUGAGGCUUUGAAGCUGUUGUCCGGGUUACCUUCCUCCUCUGCUACCGAUGAACCUACCAUCCCUCAGGCAGUGCAGAGCGUCGCCGACCUGGAGAUCCUUGCGCGAAUAAUUGCUCGCCGUCUCGGGCCACAGUGGGUUCUUGUCAAGGGAGGACAUUGCCCUUUCCGGAAGGAUGGUACUGUGGCCAAAGAAGAGGAAGAGAGGGAGUUGGUGGUUGACGUGCUGGUUGGCCGCAAGCAGAGGAACGAAGAUGACGGAGAACUGAUACAAUUCGCGCGCGCAAACUCGUUGAGUGCAUACAAGGCGAGAGUAACUCAAGACAUUGCUACGUCUGCUUCUAUUGUCACCCACAUCUUCAAUGAGAUGGAACUGCAUAUCAAAUAUUGCAAGGACUUUGGCAUUUCCCGAGAAGAAAUGGAGAGCGCCGAGGAGAAUAAGGCAUGCACCGCCUACACAAGAUAUGUUCUCGACAUCGGGCAGUCCCAAGACUGGCUCGCCCUCCAGGUCGCCAUGGCGCCCUGUAUGCUUGGAUAUGCAGCAAUUGCAAAGCAGCUGUAUGCCGACUCAAGGUCUAAAAGAGAAGGCAAUAUCUACUGGUCCUGGGUUGAGAACUACAUUGGCGAAGACUACUCUGCAGCCGUGAAGGCGGGAUCUGAUGGAGAUUGGCUUCUGGGAGAUGUACAGCUGGAGUUGAGUCGUUAUGGGGUGGCAGACUCCAAGAGGGCCGAGAGGGAGCAAGGAUAG